CACCACAUGGCUCGUGGCCGCGGCCGAGCCGAGGUCACCGCGAAGACCUGGGUGCCGCUUCCCCAACUCGCCGACGGCUGGCGGACGAGCGCUCGCUCCCACCUCAUGGCCGCGGGUGCGGCCAAGGCCACCGCAGCGGUGGCGGUGGCGUCCUCCGCGGUGUUCCGUAGCAACCAGGAGCUCACCCGCCUCGCGCGGUCGGGCCAGCUGGCCGCGGCGCGCCGCCUGUUCGACGGGAUGCCCCGCCGCAACACCGUCACCUACAACGCCAUGCUCUCCGCGCUCGCGCGCCACGGGCGUCUGGACGAAGCGCGCCGCCUGUUCGACGGGAUGGCGCGCCGGAACACCGUCUCCUGGAACGCGAUGAUCGCGGCGUGCUCGGACCACGGCCGCGUCGCCGACGCCCGGGCGCUGUUCGACGCGAUGCCCGGCCGGGACGACUUCUCAUGGACGCUCAUGGUCUCCUGCUACGUGCGCGCGGGGGAGCUCGAGCUCGCCAGGGACGUGCUCGACCGUAUGCCUGGCAGGAAGUGCACGGCAUGCUACAAUGCCAUGAUCUCCGGGUACGCCAAGAAUGGCAGGUUUGACGAUGCUGUUAGGCUGCUGCGGGAAAUGCCGGCCUCCGACCUGGUUUCUUGGAAUUCGGUGCUAGCGGGGCUCACCCAGAACGGCGAAAUGGUUCGGGCGGUGCAAUUCUUCGACGAAAUGGUGAAGGACAUGGUGUCCUGGAACUUGAUGCUGGAGGGGUUUGUGAAAGCUGGGGAUUUGGAUUCGGCCUCUAGCUUCUUUGCAAAGGUCGAAUCACCUAAUGUGAUUUCUUGGGUGACCUUGCUCAAUGGGUAUUGCCGGGCAGGGAGAAUAGGUGAUGCAAGAGAAUUGUUUGACAGAAUGCCUGAGCGGAACGUUGUGUCUUGGAAUGUGAUGCUUGAUGGGUAUGUGCGGCUCUCGCUCAUGGAGGAGGCCUGCAAGUUGUUCAUGGAGAUGCCAGAUAAGAACUCAAUAUCAUGGACAACAAUAAUAAGUGGAUUAGCACGUGCUGGGAAGCUCCAAGAAGCUAAGGAUCUGCUCAACAAGAUGCCUUUCAACAGUGUUGCAGCAAAGACUGCACUGAUGCAUGGCUAUUUGCAGAGCAAGAUGAUUAAUGAGGCCCGCCAGAUUUUUGAUGGAAUUGAGAUGCGUGAUGCAGUGUGCUGGAAUACAAUGAUCUCUGGCUACGUCCAGUGCAGAAUGCUUGAUGAUGCCUUGGUGCUGUUCCAGAAAAUGCCGAAUAAAGAUAUUGUUUCUUGGAACACCAUGAUUGCUGGCUAUGCUCAGGAUGGUCAAAUGCGCAAGGCAGUUGGUAUUUUCAGGAAGAUGAAUAAGAGAAAUACAAUAUCUUGGAAUUCAAUUAUCUCUGGAUUUGUUCAGAAUGGCCUCUUUGUUGAAGCACUCUACCAUUUCAUGCUCAUGAGAAGGGAGACAACGAGGGCUGACUGGUCUACGUAUGCAUGCUGUAUCAGCGCAUGUGCAAGCCUAGCUGCUUUGCAAGUUGGGAGGCAAUUCCAUAGUCUUCUUGUCAGGAGUGGGCAUAUCAGCGAUUCCUUCGCUGGAAAUGCCUUGAUCUCCGCAUAUGCAAAGUGCGGAAGGAUAUUGGAAGCAAGGCAAGUCUUUGACGAGAUGGUAGGCCAGGAUAUUGUUUCAUGGAAUGCAUUGAUUGAUGGCUAUGCUUCUAAUGGUCAUGGGAGUGAAGCAAUCUCAGUAUUCCGAGAAAUGGAAGCCAUUGAUGUCAGACCUGAUGAGGUCACGUUUGUAGGUAUCUUGUCGGCUUGCAGUCAUGCUGGACUGAUUGAUGAAGGGUUGGAGUUUUUCAACUCAAUGACAAAAGAGUACUCACUGAAGCCUGUGGCCGAGCACUAUGCUUGCAUGGUGGACCUACUUGGAAGAGCUGGGAGACUGACUGAGGCAUUUGAACUUGUGCAGGGAAUGCAGAUCCAACCAAAUGCUGGCGUGUGGGGUGCAUUGCUUGGAGCAUGCCGGUUGCACAAGAACCAUGAGCUAGCACGGUUUGCUGCUGAGAAGUUGUUUGAAUUGGAACCGCACAAGACCUCAAAUUAUGUGCUGUUGUCAAACAUCUGUGCUGAGGCAGGCAAGUGGGAUGAAGCUGAAAAGAUGAGGGUUUCAAUUAAUGAAAAUGGUGUGCAUAAGCCACCUGGUUUAGCUGGAUGGACGUAGAUUAAGGCUUACCCCUUCUCUUCCUAUGAUUUGGCACCAGUGAUGUCAGUGUAGGUUUUCACUCAUUUGUAGAACUUGAGUGUAAGGAUAAGAAAUUUAGGGCUGUUGUUGGAACCAAACUCUUGCCUUUUCAUGCCCUGGUUGCUGGUUGGACGUCCGAUGCCAUUGGGGAUGUCAUACAUCGCAAGUGAAGAGCGGGGACAACAGGGUUUUGCACAGCUUUAAUAAAACCAAGCCGGUGGAUUUCUUUGGUAGUUGAGUCUGAUUCUUCUGUACUGAUCUGCAGAUGAAGCUCCGAGCUACGACUUGACCGCAGCAUGCACAAUGUUCUCCUUGUAGGACCUGACAGACCAGCUUCAGCUUGUACUGCCUUACAGCUUGUCAUAUAUAUACUGUGUAAGGGAAGAUGAUGAUGCGGACACUUGCACGACAUGGCAUUGGCAUUCAAGCAGAGUGUGGUUUCUCAAAUUUUCUUCUGAUGGGGCUUACUUCCCCUUUACCUCUUGAACUAUCCCAUGUUUUGUUUAGAAGGACCCAAUUAUAAUUGCUCAGCAGAGCAAGUUAUUUUGUUGAUUUAUAAAGUUCUUAGAAUCUGUUACUCUAGCAUGUCAUAUAUAUAAUGUGUUGGUAAAUAGAAGUUUAGUUUACUUUCCUUCUGUUCCUCAUGUCUCGGCCUUACGUAGAAGUUUUUUCAAUAAUCGUUAGAAGCAAAAUAACAGUUUGAAACUAAGGCGAUCAGAUGUUCCAGUAGGUCAUUGAAUCUUGAGUGAAAUACAUCAGCAAGUUGUGAUGUGGUCUGCCAUGUGAUCUCAUUCUUGUUCUCUUAUGCAUUUUGGUUUAGAUACAUAAAAUCAAGUUCCCUCUUUUAUUGUAUCGUACCUGAUUUUUCUCUGAAUAGUAGUUUUACUCCUAACACCUGUAGCUAUGCUUUGAUCAUUAGGCAAUUUUGUCUAUAUUGAUGGUGUUAAUAGUCUAAAUAAUUUUGUUACCCCCUUCUUUUCCUUUUUUUUUUUUGCACAAACAUGGGGGAUAAUUAUUGACUUAAGUUUGUCUGUUGCUUGCUUGGUCAUGUGAGAAAACCUAGAGAACUAAUAAAUAAAGUCGUCUGUGUAUCAUGUGGUUCCUAUGAUAAUUGUAUUGAGCUAAUGCUUUUUGUUGAGUUACCAACGCCUGCUUGUGCAGCAACAUUCAGUUACCAGGUGACAUGACAUAAAGCCCGGGCAGUAUGGCUUUGUAUUAAGAACUGGUUAAAUGAUGUUAUUAGAGCUGACUAGGUGAAGUAAAAUGGUCCUGCUUUCGCUUUGUAUUUGGCCUAACAUGAGGCUGAUGGUUCAUAAAUCUUGGCUGGUAGCAUUUCUGAUGUAGAACUGGUUAAGCUACUCAUGCCUGUGUUUCAAGCUAUAACUUUUGGCCUGUUCUGUUUCAUGCUUGUUAUCCAUUAUGUGAAGUAUAGCUGAUCUUGUUCGUAUUCCAGGUGUCAUGUACAAAUAACCAAGUCUAUCUUCUAAAAAUGCCUAAUAUGGAGUUGAUGAAAUCAAUUGCUGGAAUUAAGCUACCCAUUGCUUCCCCAAACUUGGGUGGAUGUGAUCUGUACGGAUUUUAUUACACUAAUAGACUUGUUGCUAUACCAACGGAAGAUUGCAGCAUACAGUUCUACAAUUUGUUUGAGAAUAGCGAGGCUUCAGAGCAUGAUGGCCAUUUACUAAAGCUGAUCCCAGUACUGUUCACCUCUUCAGGUGCAAGUAUGUGAGAGGAAUUUUCAGCCUGUUGAUGAUAUCACGUGAUGAUGGGGUUUCUGCUGUUGCUUUCCGCCCAGGAAGAAACAUGGCUGUGAGCUCUUCUUUUGGUGGUAACUUCAAGGUUUGGGUCCGAAGUUUGUCUUCACAACCAAGUAAUGAAAUAAAUUAUUCUGGUUGGAGAUGCCAAUCAGUUGGCUCAUACAAG